UAAUUAUAUUGCUUGUUUGUCGACUGAGACACUAAUGUUUAUUAUUUGACAUUUCUGAUUUGUAAACUGCACAUGUAUUUUAAUAAAUAAUUCCGAUCCGAGCGGAUGAGUUGAUAUUUAAAAUACGUGUUCCAUCAUGGCAAUGGUUUUCUGAACACAGCUUGACCCUGCCACUUGGAAUUCUAAACUUCGAACCUUGAACUGUACUAACGUUCCUGUGCAUCUUUUUGGAUUUUCACGUGAAAAGCAUAAACGAUCUGCAUAAAGAUACAUAAGUUAUCGUGUGACUCAGCGAAUUGAUCAGAGAGCAUUAUUCUUGCAUUAUUUUUCAUGCGAACGGUUCUUAUCCUUAAGGUGAUUGCGAUACGAGAAACGAUCAAUCGGUAGCGUGUCGUAAAAAUAGUAAAACAAGAAACCUAUACGUCCUCGACUGUCGCACGUAUUUAUGCAAGAAAAACAGUAUUCUCUUUGAUCGUAAUUUAUUCUACUGGUCGCUCUCGUUCCAACGGUCAACGGUCGGUAUCGAUUCUGGGUCUCGGUUGAUAGAACCGAACGAACCUACCAUGCUACGUGUUCAACAUCUGUCACGCAGUUCUAUUGUAAAACACGAUGCAACGAUAUGAUGCCCAUACCGUUGUCGAAUCAUCGUUUCACGGUAGAAAAAUUGGUUGACGAUCGUAGAGAGAUUGAGUGUUGUUUAUUAAGUCGAGUGCGAGGAUUCACACUUAGGCAGGUUGCCUGAAACAAUCUCGCCAUGUAGUUUAAUAGACAGUCAGUGGAGAGAUGUUUUGGCACGUUGAAAAUUCGAUUCGGUGUAGUGGAAUCCGAUGUUUCUGAUUGAACGUCCUUUAUCUAAGGGAUUCUGUAAAACGUAACGGCACUAAAAUGUCCACGUUGAAAGUGAGCAUUCAGGACAAGAAAGACUUGGACAAGUUCACCAAAUUCUUGGCAUACAAAGCUGCUCAAAUUAUAGUGCAGUCGAGAUCAGGUGAAAAGGUCAAUACAAACUGCAAACCGAAUUCGUCUGGAACGGAUUGGUUCAACCUGGCUAUUCACGAAGUGCCAGAUGUCUUGGCAGAUGCUAAGAAAGUGCUCUGUGGAGAACUGAUCAAUUCGACUAUAUCACUUUGCAUUGAAAUUUCCUUGAGAACGAUCGAAGGCGACACAAUGGUUUUGGAAACGUGGAGUCUGGGUGUUUUACCUGAGCACAGCGAUCCCACUGUGAGAGUGACGUACACUGUAUAUAACAGAAUGGGUGUUUUGUUGAAGUCGUUACUGUCUGUAUCGAGAGUUACCCCAGCUUAUAAAUUGAGUAGAAGGCAGAGUCCGGAUUCCUAUGUUAUUUGUUAUAGAAUUUAUAUGGGAGAGCCUCAGCUACAUACACUGGGUGAUAAUUAUAAACAUGUUAGGGUAGGUCAGUUGUGUACGCCAGUAGGGACGAUUCAUUUAGCAGUAUCGUACAGAACGAAAAUGGCUAUCUCUCCGAGUCACACUGACCGCGACUCGAUAAUGCUAAAAAGCGACCACUUCCAUUCUGACUUGAGUCCGCGCCACGCGCGAUAUCAACAAAGCGAAGACAUAGCGAAAUCGUUGAAUGAACCCAUGAAAAACGUGGCGUUCGCACCUAAUCCUGUUAUCAUUAAGGAAGAGGACUACCUCAUACCGGAUAUACCUUUAGGCCCUUUGUUUUCUAAAAAAAAAUCAACGCCUACGGUCUCGAUGAGUGAAACUACAAAUACAAAGACUGCGACGACUACUGCUACUCUUGCUAGUACUUCUUCUACUGCUACCGCGACUGCGAUGGCGACUACUACGGACAGCAGCAACGGGAACAAUGAGAGGUUCGCGAACGACAACGCAACGUCGAAAUGCAACUCUCAGAACGAGUCGAGGAGAAGCAGUUACUCAAUGACUAGUGCCAACAAUGAUUUUAUUAUGGUAGAUUGGAAUCCGCCUUUCGCUACGACGACCCCAACCAGCGAGCUGUAUGAUUUCUAUCGCGAGUGCCAGAACGCGCCUCCGCUUCAGGGCUCCAUGGAGGAAAGAACGGUCGCCGAACAAAUCGGCGGAGACCUUACUCAAGUGUUGGAAACAUUCGAAGCGGAUCUGCACCGGUAUGAAGACAUUCUGUCGACAUUUUUUCCACCAGAGAACAAUAACUAAUAUCAAACGAUUACAAUGCAACAUUAGGUGCUUCGACGAGAAAUUGUUAAUAUACCUGUGCGCGCACGAGAAUGAAAGUGGAGAGUUUCGUUAGACUGACUUAUUUCUAUGUAGCGUGAAACAUUUGAUCGUGAGAAACGUAAAAAUAUGUUGAAGAAACCCGUUUUCAUUCUCCUGUACGCAUACAUACAUACAUACAUACGAUUGGUAUAUAAUGUCUCGCAAUAGAUUUGUGCAAAUUUUCGUUGCGAGCCCAGAGCAUUUCAAUAAAAUUUUUAGACAAACGCUAUCACCGCUUCUGAUUACCUACAUAAAUCAAUUGAAUUCAGUAAUUCAAUAAGAGUUUCAUUUGUACGUGUAUAGAACUGAGGAAAGACCGACUAGUUUGAAAGAUACAUCCGAAAGAGGAAGAUCGACUAGUUUGACUGAUACAUCCGGCUUGUAAAUACCAUUUCCAUUUCCUUUGAAUUUUCAAUCUGUCUGGUAGAUAAAAAUUAUUUCAUUUCACACCGUGAACUUUUUAUGUGAACGAAUGAUAUAUAUAUUUUCACGUAUCGUCCGUUCAUAUAAAUUGUAUUUCUCCAAGUACGUUGUAAGCACACUCUUAAAGGACUUAUUAAAUGAUACAAAUUUAUGGAUGAGCGAUAGUUAGCUAAUGUAUUUCGAAAGUUAACUUAUUGCUUGUACAUAGUGUAAAUUGUAUUUUAAUGUUACGAUCAUCAUGAAACAAUUAAAUGCGAUAUAAAUUUUUAAUGUUUAAUUAUUUCGAUCACUUAAAAUGAAUCAGGCUGUGCUAGCUAUUCGCGAAUAAAACGCUUUAAGACACGCUGAAUUAUAUAAUUUAAUCGACCGCUCCUAAUUAUAAGAUAACAUCUGUAGAGUAAUAAACGAUUGUAAGAAAAAAUGAAA